GUCGACUAAAUUCGAAUUAAAGAAAUUUCAUUUUCCACAUUUUCCUAAUCAAUUUCGGUAUUCCUUCUUAUCUCUUCAUCCUCGACUUCUACCCUGAGCCGUCUGAUCCGCUCUGAUCUUCCUCCAAAAUGAUUACAAUUCCGUAUUUCACCGCAUUGACCACCUUCUUCAGCUACAUCCUCCUCUUUGUUUUCGGCCAAAUCCGCGACUUCUUCAGAAAAAUCAUUGAUUGGUGGCAUUCGAGCAAUCUUCAGGGAUAUGCUCCGAUUUGCUUGGGGCUUGAAGAUUUCUACAUUCGCCGGCUAUAUCUUCGAAUUCAGGACUGUUUUGGUCGACCAAUUUCUAGUCCUCCUGAUGCUUGGUUUGAUGUGCUGGAACGAGUUUCUAAUGACAAUAAUAAAACUCUACAGUGUACCACAAAAGUUACUAGGUGCCUUAACUUGGGAUCAUAUAAUUAUCUUGGUUUUGCUGCAUCUGAUGAAUAUUGCACGCCUCGUGUCAUUGACUCCUUGAAAAUCUUUUCACCAAGCACAUGUAGUAGCCGUGUUGAUGGAGGGACUCUGUCAUUACACAAUGAGUUGGAGGAAUGUGUGGCUAAUUUUGUUGGAAAACCAGCUGCCAUAGUCUUUGGCAUGGGCUACGUGACGAAUUCAGCAAUUCUUCCUGUAUUGAUUGGAAAGGGAGGCUUGAUUAUUAGUGAUUCUCUGAACCACAAUUCUAUUGUUAAUGGAGCUCGAGGAUCUGGAGCUACUAUUAGGGUAUUCCAACAUAACACACCCUCUCAUUUGGAGAAGGUUUUGAGAGAACAAAUUGCUGAAGGGCAACCUAGGACACACAGGCCUUGGAAAAAAAUAAUUGUUGUAGUGGAGGGAAUAUACAGCAUGGAGGGUGAACUUUGCAAACUUCCGGAGAUCGUUUCCAUAUGCAAAAAGUACAAGGCGUAUGUUUACUUGGAUGAGGCUCACAGCAUUGGAGCAAUUGGCAAAAGUGGGAGGGGUGUCUGUGAGCUCUUAGAGGUUGACACUGCAGAUGUGGAUAUCAUGAUGGGAACCUUCACAAAAUCAUUUGGAUCAUGUGGUGGUUAUAUAGCAGGAUCCAGGGAACUGAUUCAAUAUUUGAAGUACACAUGCCCUGCCCAUCUAUAUGCAACAUCUGUAUCACCUCCUGCUGCCCAACAAAUUAUUUCUUCUAUAAAAGUUAUUCUUGGAGAAGAUGGCUCUAGUCGAGGAGCUGAAAAACUAGCACGCAUACGCGAGAACAGCAAUUUUUUCCGCUCAGAACUGCUCAAAAUGGGAUUUGAGGUUUUGGGAGAUAAUGACUCUCCGGUAAUGCCAAUAAUGCUCUAUAAUCCAUCCAAAAUACCUGCGUUUUCACGAGAGUGUCUAAAACAGAAUGUGGCCGUUGUAACAGUUGCUUUUCCAGCAACUCCUCUAUUAUUAGCGAGAGCACGGAUAUGUAUUUCUGCUUCUCACACAAGGGAAGAUCUUCUCAAAGCAUUGGAGGUUUUCAGUAGAGUUGGUGAUAUGGUUGGCAUAAAAUACUUCCCUGCAGAACCAAAGAAGCAACAUUUAGAAGAAAACAGAAUCAAGCUAGAGUGAUGAUCACACACCGCCUGGGUUUAACAGUCGUAUAAGUUCCAACAGCAUCUGCACGAUGUUAGAAUUAUGAGGUUUGAUGAUGUUGCCCGCUGAAAUAUCACCGGGCUUACACGGAUUGAUUGUCAUAUUUAGGUCAAUUUGAUGAUUAGAAUUUGUCAAGUGUUGUGUGUACAGUUUAAGGUUGUAAUUUAUGACAAAGACACGGGGAGUGUUAUCCCCAUCAUCACUUUGAGUUCCUCUUGAUACAACACAAUAUGUGAGGAUUGAGACAGGCGCAGCACAGGCAGUGCAAGUUUAUCAGGAGUGUGACUAUUUUGGGGUGGUUGAAUGAGCAGGAAGGGGCAGAGGCUUGGAGCUUGCGAGAAAUUGGGAUACCGUCCUCAUUUGCUCCCUAAAUGUAAACUUGCGCAUUGGAAUGGUCUCUAUCGGGUCACGAUUUGCUCCCGCUGGAGGUUUCUGAUUUAAGCUGUAUGAUCUCGUUUGAGCUACUUAUGACGGUGGGUGGGAUUCACCGUUUUGCUAGUGCAUAAAAGAAAACACGCCAUCACUCCUUGUAUAAUACGAGUACCAUAUAUUUUGGCAAUUGUAAAAUUUGGUGGCUUGUUAACUUAUGGUAAUAAUAAUUUAAUGAUGUUUUUUGACAAAAUUAUUUUACAUUCUCGGCUUAAAAUGAAUUCCUGGAUAAAAUCAUUUGACCCUUACAAGUUACAAGCUGUUUUUGAAAUUUGAAAAUAUAUAUAUAUAUAUAUAUAUGUUUUGGUUCAAAUAAGAACAUGAUCUUAUGAGAAAAAUGAGAGUAAAUCUGGACCGUUAGAUUUGCUUUAUGUGAAAUUCAAUGUGCAUUAGAUGAAGCUGUAAUGUGUUUCAGGUGAAAUUGAAAUGUGCAACACAAAUGAUACAAUGUAACGGCGUUAUGUGAAGCUAAAUUGUGCAUUAGGUGAAUUUGAAAUGUGUA